AUGCCUAGCUCGAGCGGCGAUGUCUUUGGUGGGAGAGGGGAUGGCCAGGAUGAGAUGCCAACCAGAGAGUUCACGCGCUUCAUCGUCGGCUUCCUCCGGUACACCUAUGUCAUCUGCCUCACCUUGCGUGAAGGAAAGGGUCCGAUGCCCUUCUGGAUGCACUCGUUCUGCCUAGCUCACGACUUGAAUUUUACCUACAUCAUCGGGAAAGCCGCUACCCAGUGCGGUGAGCAUCAGUAUCUGAGGGGCACGUCGACGGCCCUCCUCACCUGA